AUGGCGCCUUCCCUUCGCACAUCGACGCCGCCGCUGCCCGUGACGCUCCUCUCGGGGUUCCUCGGCGCGGGCAAGACGACGCUCCUCAAGCGCAUCCUCGAGUCACCCGAGCACAAGUUGCGCAUCGCGGUCAUCGUCAACGACAUGGCCGAGCUCAACAUUGACGCCCAGCUGCUGCAAGGUCCCGGCGUCGUGCAGACCAAGCCCGAGUUUGUCGCGAUGCAGAACGGGUGCAUCUGCUGCACGCUCCGCACCGACCUCGUCCGUGCGAUCGCCGACAUCCGCGCCCUCGGCGUCUACGACUACCUCGUGAUCGAGUCCACGGGCAUUGCCGAGCCGAUGCAGGUCGCCGAGUCGUUUGCGUUUGACGUCGAGACGGCGACGCUCGCGACAAGCGACGACAAGAUGCUGGCGCACCUCGCCGCGCUCGACACGUGCGUGACGGUCGUCGACGGCGUCGAGUUUCCCAACCUCGUCCGGUCGACGCGGCAAUUCCACGAAGUCUUUCCGGUGGAAGACGACGGCGGCAGCGAAGGCACCAAGCACGUGAGCCAGCUCCUCAUCGAGCAAGUCGAGUUUGCCAACGUCAUUGUCCUCAACAAGAUGGAUCUCGUGACGGACAAGACGUCGGUCGUUGCGCUGCUGCGGACGCUCAACCCACACGCGGCGAUCGUCUGCGCCGAGUAUUCCAACGUGCCGAUGGAGACGAUUUUGCACACCAAGCGCUUCAACCUCGACGAAGCCAAAGAAAGCGUUGGCUGGAUGGAGUCGCUCCGCAGUGACCACACCAAAAGCGAGCAAGACGAGUACGGCAUCGGCUCGUUCGUGUACCGGGCGCGGCGUCCGUUCGACCCGACGCGCCUCGAUCGCUGGGUGCGCCGGCACUUUGGCCUCAAGGGCGACGUCGUCUUUCCGGGCGACCGCGCCGCGCCGUGGCAGCUGCCGACGUCGCCGUCGCCGAUUCUGCGCUCGAAAGGCUUUGCGUGGAUUGCCGGUCGCGACGACACGAUGGUCGAGUGGAACCAGCACGGCCGCCUCCUCUCGCUCUCGCCGCUCCAGCCGUGGUGGUGUGUGCAGCCCGAGGCCGACUGGAAUGUCCCGGCGGCCGACGCGGCGCUCAUCCACUCGGACUACGUCGCUCCGUUUGGCGACCGCAAGCAAGAAAUCGUCUUCAUCGGUGCCGACAUGAACAAACGCGACAUCGAGGCGGCGCUAAACGACUGCUUGGUGAGUGACGCCGACCUCCAGCGCCUCGCCGGUGUCGACGCCUUCUCCACGACGCAGCCGCUCGCACUCAAGAUCCCGAAGCGGUCGUUGUCGGACCCGUUGCCCGCGUGGCCCGAGCGCCUCGACAACACGGCGCCGUGGACGACAGUCGUCCGUGCCAACCAGCCAGCACCGUUCGUUGUCGGCGCCGGCGCGCGCCUCUCGAUUGCAAGCGUCUGCCUCCGCGUCGCACCGACGGGGUUCGACGCCGAUGGCUACGAGGUCGAGACGCCAGACGUCCCUUUUGCCGCUGUCCAAGUGUGGUACGACAACACGGCCGGCGACCGCACGCUGCUGGGCACGCUGCGCCCGACCACGUCGUUGCACGUCACGUCGUCGAUCGUGGUGCCGGGUGGCGACGCCGAGAACGACGUCGUGCACCGGCUCCGCCUGCAGCUGGUUGUCACUGGUGCCAAGCGCAAAACGAGCGAAAGCUUGAGCGAUGCUGCCGCGAGCCUGGAGGUCCAUGUCAUCGGCGAUGUCGAGGGUCCACCUGGCGAAGACGAGGAAGACGACGCCGCAGAAGGGGCUGAUGCGGAAGGCGAGGAUGACGAUAACGAUAACGACGACGACGACGACGACGAAAUGUAG